AUGGGGCGCCCUCCCCGGACGGGAGCCUUCCUGGCGCUCGUCCUGCUGGGAGUCGCCGCCGCGCAGCCCGACGACUUGGCGGUCAUGCGGAUGCCGGCCAGCAAGGUGCAGCCGCUGUCGGAGCUCCCGGGCUGCGGCGGGCAGACGAUCGACGCCGCGAUGGACACGUGCCGCCUCCAGGACAACAUCAAGAUCCAUGAUGUCCAUGAGUACCAGUUCGUUGUGCCCUCGAUGGACGACCCGGGCGCGGCAUUCUCGCUGCUGCUCACGACAAAGUCGGUCGGCGGGCUGGUCGAGGC